AUGGCUAAGACCGGAGAACAGCGGGAGGACAGACACUCCAAACCCCCCAUGGGGAAGUUCACGAGUUUCACCCCGCUAACCACCCCGAUCGAUCAAGUCUUGAUGCAGAUCAAAGAUGAAGGAGCCCUGAGAUUCCCUGGCAAGUUGGAGGGAGAUCCCAAUAAGAGAUCUAAGGACAAGUAUUGUCGCUUCCACCGUGACCAUGGUCAUGACACUACCAACUGCUAUGACUUGAAGCAGCAAAUUGAAGCUCUUAUAAGGCAAGGAAAGCUACAAAGGUUCAUCAGCAAGGAGAGAGCGGACCCGCCUCAAGAGCAUGCCCCCCGACGAGAUAACGAGCACCUUAGACCACUCAUAGGAAAUAUAAGAAUGAUCGUAGGGGGCACGACUAUUGGGUUGUUCCAAAAAGCCCGUAAAACUUACCUCAGGAUGGUUCAGAACGUCCAACUGACGGGUUUCGUACCAAAGAUGAUAAGGAUUGACAACCCCAUUAUCGGGUUCUCGGAAGAAGACACUCAACGUCUUCACCACCUGCAUGACGACGCACUUUUUGUUAGCAUACGAGUAGGGGAUUACAAUACGCACCGAGUUCUAGUUGAGAAUGGCAGUUCAGCCGACAUCCUUUAUUAUCCAGCAUUCCAAUAG